AGCAGAUCCAGGCAUUAGCAUACUGACAGAGUUCCAGCACUGCAGAUUUCUCUCUCUCUCUCUUUCUCUGUCUUCAAGCGCUCUCUCGCUUUUUAGUCUGCCGGUGAAAGACAGAAAGACAAGCGGAGCAGGGAGGAGGCCAAGUGUGAAACAAAUCCUUUGACAGACGAGAAAAGAGGAUAUCUUGUCUUUUCACUGAUCCCAGCAGAGAAUUCAGAAGCACUUGCGGCCUGACUGAGGAUCCCUCCCAUUUGGGAACCGGUGGAUGCGUGACAUCACCACCCUGCACCCACCCCUCCCUCCUUACUUCAUUGCAACUGUCCAAUCAGGGCCCAGGGAGCUCCGGUCACGUGAAAAUCCCCCUAGUCUCGGUUACCAUGACAACGAGCACUGGUCCAGGCAGCAUCUUGCUGUGGUGAGAAAGAGGAGGGGAAGAAGGCGGGAGGAGAGGCAGAAAGAGAAGGGGAAAGGGAGGGAGGAAAAUAGAAAGAGAACAAAUCCCAGCCAGAGGAAUACCUUUUGGAUCAUCAGCUUCUGCCUGUCUGCCCUCAGUACAAAUGAAGAUGCCUGAGGCCUGAGUUAAAGCCCUCCACCAGAGAGAGUGUGUUCCAGGGCUGGGGCUGGACCCAGAGGCCCCUGGCUCAGGGGGUGAAGGGCCCUCACAGCCCUGUGUGAGUCUGGACCAUGGGGGAUGGAGGCACUGGUGCAACUGGAGGAGAUGGGGUGAACCGGUCCCACGUGCUGUUUGACAACUUCGUCCAGGCGAGCACGUUUAAGGGCACGCUCAAGGCCUUCCAGGAGCUGUGUGACCACCUGGAAGUCAAGCCCACCGAGUACAGGGUCUUCUAUCACAAGCUCAAGUCCAAACUCAACUACUGGAAGGCCAAGGCGCUCUGGGCCAAGUUAGACAAGAGGGCCAGCCAUAAGGAGUACAAGAAGGGUCGUGCCUGUGCCAACUCAAAAUGUUUGAUCAUUGGUGCGGGGCCGUGCGGCUUACGUACAGCCAUCGAGCUGGCUUUCCUGGGGGCCAAAGUGGUGCUGCUGGAGAAGAGAGAUGCUUUCUCCAGGAACAAUGUGCUGCACCUCUGGCCCUUCACCAUCCAGGACCUCAGGGGCCUCGGGGCCAAGAAGUUCUAUGGGAAGUUCUGCGCUGGUGCUAUCGAUCAUAUCAGUAUUCGUCAGCUUCAGUUAAUGCUGCUAAAAAUGGCUCUCCUGCUGGGCAUUGAGAUCCAUGUCAACGUAGAGUUCAAGGGUCUUAUCGAGCCCCCUGAAGAUCAAGAGACUGAACGGAUAGGCUGGAGGGCUGAGGUCCAUCCCAAGACACACCCUGCCAGUGAGCUGGAGUUUGAUGUCAUCAUCGGAGCAGACGGAAGGAGAAACACACUACCAGGGUUUCGGCGUAAGGAGUUCCGGGGCAAGCUUGCCAUCGCCAUCACUGCUAACUUCAUCAACAGGAACACGACAGCGGAGGCAAAGGUCGAGGAGAUCAGCGGUGUGGCCUUCAUCUUCAACCAGAAGUUCUUUCAAGACCUCAGAGAGGCAACAGGUAUUGACCUGGAAAACAUUGUCUACUACAAGGAUGACACGCACUACUUUGUGAUGACUGCCAAAAAACAGAGCCUGCUGGAGAAAGGAGUCAUUCUGCAUGACUACGCAGACACAGAGCUGCUGCUCUCCAGAGCUAAUGUAGACCAGGCUGCCCUGCUGUCUUACGCCCGUGAGGCUGCGGAUUUCUCCACCAGCCACCAGCUGCCCACACUGGACUUUGCCAUCAACCACUACGGCCAGCCCGACGUAGCCAUGUUCGACUUCACCUGCAUGUACGCCUCCGAGAACGCCGCCAUGGUGCGCCAACGCAAUGGCCACAAGCUGCUGGUGGCGCUGGUGGGAGACAGCCUGUUGGAGCCCUUCUGGCCCAUGGGCACUGGCAUCGCUCGAGGUUUCCUGGCAGCCAUGGACUCGGGCUGGAUGGUGAAGAGCUGGGCUCAGGGAAAAACCCCUCUCGAGGUGCUGGCUGAGAGGGAGAGUAUAUACCGUCUACUGCCCCAGACCACACCAGAAAACGUCAGUAAGAACUUCAGCCACUACAGCGUGGAUCCGACCACACGUUAUCCCAACAUUAGCCUUAACUUCCUCAAGCCCAGCCAGAUGCGUCACCUCUUUGACACAGGGGAGUCGAGGGAAAUGCGCAUUGAAAUAGAGAAUGUUAUCAACACCUCAACACCCAAGUUGGCCAGGAAUGAAAAUUGCCUGCUUGACAAGCAGUUGCAAGAGUCUGUAGCUCGAUCUAGUAAACUGCUCAACUGGUGCCAGAGACAAACGGAGGGCUACAGGAAUGUUAAUGUAACAGACCUUACUAUGUCUUGGAAGAGCGGUCUGGCCCUGUGCGCCCUCAUUCACCGAUACAGACCGGAUCUCAUUGACUUCGACUCGCUGGACGAGCGAGACCAGGAGAAGAACAACCAGUUGGGUUUUGACGUGGCGGAGAAGGAAUUUGGCAUCUCGCCCUGCAUGACUGGCAAGGAGAUGUCUUCUGUGGUGGAGCCAGACAAACUCUCUAUGGUCAUGUACCUCAGCCAGUUCUAUGAGAUGUUUAAGGACACAGUGCCGCCUGGAGAUAACCACAACCUGAGUCCUGAGGAGAAGGCUGCACUGAUAGCCAGCACCAAGUCUCCCAUCUCAUUCCUUAGCAAACUUGGCCAGAGCAUAGCAAUAUCCAGGAAACGAAAUCCGAAGGACAAAAAAGAGAAGGAUGUAGACGGUUUGGGGAAGAGGAGGAAAACUAGCCAGUCUGAAGAUGAGGAAGUAUCCAGGACCGGUCGUGACGACAGGCCGUCUGUCCCUGCUGUCCUGUCUGAGAGAAAAAUGGACUGUGCUGCUGCAGGGAACCACAACAAAGUCAAGGUCAUGGCCACCCAGCUACUCGCCAAGUUUGAGGAGAACGCCCCCGCCCAGCAUACAGGACUCAAAAGACAGGGGGAAUCUCUGCCCAAUCUGGAUCGCCUUUUGCCCCCUUCCCCGCCCCAAACCCCUGUGAAUGAGCCAGUGCGCCUGGCACCUGUCCCAGCAUGGAGAAAGGCCAGAAGUGGUGCAGACCAACUGUCCAGCUCGGGCUCUCGGAGCUGCCCAAAGAAAACCAUUCUGCUCCCUUCUUCUUCCUCCACUUCCUCGCUCUCUCUUCACUCAGAGCCUUUAUGUAAAACUCCGGACGAAGAGGAACAUGAAUACUACGAAAGGCCUCUGAAAUACGGGGAAUGGGAGCCGCUGCACCUGCCAGACCCAGGACCCAUUCACAUACCUGGUAUACAGGAACGGGUUGACCGCCUGAUCUCAAAGUUUAAGGGCAAACCUGACAAGCCAAAACCAAAGCCUAAGAAAAAGCCGUCCCGUUUCUUUAUAGAGCAGUGGUACUUGUCCCGAGGCCUAACUGAGAGUCCUGGUUCACCACUAUCCUCUCCUGACUCUUCCAGAAAGGAGUCAGGAAGGCCUCUGAAUUCUGAUGACCAAAUGCCGUUAUAUGUGCUAAGUAUUCAGGAGAGGGCUGAGCAACUUGCCUCUCAGUUUGAAGGCAGGCCAGUCGCACCACAGCCUAAGAAAAAACCCUCUCGUCUUUUUAUGGAACAAUGGCACGUGGCCCGAGCCCAGAGUCCCCCUGAUUCUCCCCCUUCCUCCUCUGACACCUUGAGACAGCGCUAUGUAAGGAUGUACACAGGAGGAGUUAGCUCAUUGGCUGAGCAGAUAGCCAAUCAGCUUCAAUCUCAGGAAGACACCAAGCCCUUACCUGAAAAGAGGGAUUUGGGCUCUCUGAGAAAAGAGUUCCCGGUCAACAUCGGAGGCAGCGACGUUUGCUUCUUCUGUCGAAAGCGUGUGUACGUGAUGGAGAGGCUGAGUGCAGAGGGGAAGUUCUUCCAUCGCAGCUGCUUCAAGUGCGACUACUGUGGCACCACACUACGACUGUCCUCGUAUGCCUUUGAUGUGGAGGAUGGGAAAUUUUACUGCAAGCCUCACUACUGUUACCGUCUGUCUGGCUAUGCUCAGAGAAAGAGGCCUGCUCCCUCCCCUGCUCCAAUCACAGCCAAGGAGAACCAGGUGCCCCAAACUCCCACGUCGACCGUAGAUGCUCCCGGAAGGGCGAUGGCAGCGGCAGCGCCCUCGGCCGAACUCCAGCCCUCAGAGGUCAACGGACUACAGGAGCCGAGCCUCGCUAAACGACUGCGGGGAACUCCAGAGCGCAUCGAGCUGGAGAACUAUCGUGUGUCCCUGCAGAGGGAGGAGGAGCUGGAGGAGGUGCCUGAGGAGACGCUGGCGGAACACAACCUCAGCAGUGUGUUGGACAAGGCUACGGAUGCUGACCUGGGCUCCAGUAGCUCAGAGUCAGACAUGGAGGAGGAGGAUGAGCAGGAGGAUCAGGAUCAGGAGGAGGUGGAGGUGGAGGUGGAGCAACAGCAGCUUCCCAGUCCCUCGGACCUUGGCGGUGUUCCCUGGAAGGAGGCGGUAGAGCUCCACGCCAAACUGAGAGGUGACCUCGGAGACGAGGGUGAGGGCGAAGGCGAGGGUGAACCUCAGGGCGAUGCAGUCAGCAGAGACGGUGAAGUAGAUGAAGAAGAGGAAGACGAGGAGGAGGAGGAGGAGGAUGAAGAUGAGGAAGAUGAUGAGGAGUCAAGCGAUGAGGGGGAUUACUGCCCCUGGGAUAGAGAGCUCCAGUCAGGCCUUUGGCUGGACAAGUACCUCACAGAUGAAGAGGAUGUUGGUACAUUUAAAGCCAGGAACCUACAGAUCCAACAAGCCCUGCAGCCUGUGGAUCCCCAGGCCAUUCCAGGUUUGGUGAGAACACACCUGGACUCUGACGGAGACAAGGACGGCCUGACGGCCUCGGCCUCCCAACUCUCCCAACCCUCUGAGCUCACGCAGCCCUCCUCCACAGCACCUGCCCACACAUCCGCCCGACACGAGGCAGUGAGAGUCUGGUUGGAGUCCAUGUCUGGAGAGCCCGGCGAGGAUGAAGACCUGGAGGCAGAAGCAGACAGCCCAGAUAUAGAACCUGGUACAGAGAUGGAUCAGGAUGACAUCCCUUCAGAUGCAGAAGCUGAGGCUCGUUUGCACCAAUCAGAGCAUGUUGAAGCUCUUCCUGAAGAAGACAAGAAAUCAGAGAGUGUGGAAAUGGCCUCCAGUAUUGAGCCAUCCAGCAGCAGCCCAGUGCAGAAAGAAGAUGUCAUCCUUUCCCCUCUCAAACCAUCACCAGGGCCUGAGACACACAUACCUCUUGUGAAGUCUCCCGGCACUCGCUUUUUCCCUGAACCGUUCAUACCUGAGGAAACGAAGCCUGACAGGACUACUCCUUCUCCAGCUGCCAAGAGCCCGCCGUGCCCUUCCCCUGCUCCUGUCCACGAUCAUUUUACUGUCUCUUCUCCUAUUUCUCCUCCUGCUGCCGCUUCUCCUGUCAAUGUCUCUGCCUCGUCACCUCCCAGUUCACCCAGCAAAUCACCCAUCGCCUCUCCACUCAAGCCCGCAAUCAAGUCACCUGUCAGAUCCCCUGUCAAAUCUCCAGUUAGCUCACCAAUUCGCUCCCAGCCCACCCCCCUGCCAGAGACUUGCCCACCGAAAUCUCCGGUCUACCCUCACCGCUCCAUUUGCCCUCUCACGGGUAACCCGCUCUCCCCAAUCUGUGCCCAGCCUUUGCCUUGUCAGGAACCGUCGUCGCCCCUCACCUCCGAUUCUCCCGUUAGAACUCAGCCUGUCCCCGCAGUCACUUCAACGCCCAUGACCAAAGCUGACGAGGACACAUCGGAGCACUCAAAGUCCAUAGAUUCCUCAACAGAGGAAACUCCCUCUAAAAAGACGGAUAUCAUUGAGGAGUUUUGGUUAAAGAGUGCUGAGAUAAGAAAAAGCCUGGGUCUGACUCCUUUGGAUCGCAGUAGCAAAAUUUUAGAGAAGAGUGUUGUUAAGGCUCCAACACAGGAACCAACUCCUGUCAAGACACAGUCUCCCGAUGUGUCUGAGGAACAGAAGCCUGCCUUCACUGGCCGCGCUGUCAUUCGCAGACUCAACAUCACUCUUGAGGGUCAGGUCAUUACUCCCAUUGCACCUGCGGAGCCCAAGAGUAAUGGCUCCGAUAAGAGAGACCUCAGCAGCAGCUCUGGCCUGGGGUUGAAUGGGAGCCUGGCCACGAGCCAGAUGGCAAACAGUGACAGCUACAACAUGUCUGACUCCACUAUGCUCACCCCGCCCUCCAGCCCACCACCACCUGUGCCUGCUAAUCAGUCUCCAGCCGUGCUCAGGCAGCAGAGACAUCAGGUGUCCUGGAGCAACGGAACAGAAAAACCUCCACCUGAGCGUGCCAAAGAGCCGGCGAAAACCAAGAAUCCUGUUCCUACGCCAAGGACCCAGUUGAGCCCUGUGUCUGCACCCAAGCCUGCACCCAGGAAAGUCCCGUCACCGCAGGCAGAGCCAGAAGCAGCUCCAGUGGUCGUCAUGAGGGAGAAGAAGAAGCCUCGACCGGUGGAGAUGAGGAAGUCAUUUGUGGAGACGGUGGAGGAGAUUCCGUUUGCCGAUGACGUGGAGGAGACGUAUGAUGAGCGGACGCCAGAGACGAGCAUGAACAGGUAUUAUACUCCACCCACCAGCAAGCCCAGCAGGGAAAGACCUCCUCUGCAUUUGGCUCUAGCGAUGGAAAAUGGUAAACCCAAUAUCCAAAGCAAUCAGGCCUCUAAGACACAGAGGGCAACUCAAUUCUCUCCAGAGGCAAAGGAGAUUGCUGAAGAGAGAAUGAGGGCCAGAGAAAAGUCUGUCAAGAGCCAGGCACUAAAGGACGCCAUGGCCAAGCAGCUAAACAAAAUGAAAGAAUCUGACGUUGACAAGGGUGCCUCACCUAAAGUGGCCUGGAGUGUGACCCCGGAUACCGCAGGAAAAAGUAAAAAGUCAGUCGGAUCUCCGAAGACAUCGGCCGUGAAAGCCCUGGAGUCGAAGAAGGCCGAGACCAUACCGGAGCGUUUCUUCAGCAGCAACAAGAGUCUGGACAGCUCGGUGGCUUCGUCCGACGGCUCCUCUACGAGUAAGAGCAAGAAACGAAGUUCCCUCUUCUCGCCGCGCAAGAACAAGAAGGAGAAAAAAGCCAAGAACGACAGCAGCAGGGUCUCCGGCACGGACGAGACACCGCCCAAACAUAAGUCGUUAUGGAAGGCUGUGUUCUCAGGGUACAAGAAGGACAAAAAGAAGAAGGAUGACAAAUCGUGUCCGAGCACGCCGUCCUCAAGCUCCACCACUCAGGACUCUGGGAAGAGAACAUCGCCCCCUGGGAGAUCGUCAGACUUGAAAUCACGCAGAAACUUGAGCUUCUCUGAGGACUCGGACCUGUCCUGUGACGACGUUCUGGAGAGAUCCUCCCAGAAGUCUAAGGCAGAUUCUGUUUAUGUUCCUCACGCACUGGCGUUCAAGAGAUCAUACGCCACAAAGAAAACCUACACAGAGGAAGAGCUGAAUGCCAAGCUGACACGAAGAGUCCAGAAAGCUGCGCGACGACAAGCCAAGCAGGAGGAACUGAAGAGGCUGCAUAGAGCCCAGAUUAUCCAGAGACAGUUGGAGCAGGUGGAGGAGAAGCAGAGGCAGCUGGAAGAACGGGGCGUAGCUGUGGAGAAAGCUUUGAGAGGAGAAGCAGGAUUGUAUAAAGGUACUUAUACAUUACCCAAACAGCACAAAAGAAGAUCAGACUAUUGGGGAGAUUCUAAUUACAGUGAAAUCCUGGACUUGCAUCUGGGCGGCAUGGGCAAGAAGGACGAUCCUAAGCUAAUGCAAGAGUGGUUCAAGCUGGUGCAGGAGAAAAAUGCCCUGGUCCGCUACGAGUCAGAACUCAUGAUAUUUGCCAGAGAGCUGGAGCUGGAGGACCGACAGAGCCGACUGCAGCAGGAACUCAGGGAACGAAUGGCUGUGGAAGACCACCUGAAGACGGAAAAGGAGCUUGCUCAGGAAAAGCAGAUCCUGAAUGAGAUGUUGGAGGUGGUGGAGCAGCGCGAUGCCCUCGUGGCCCUGUUGGAGGAGCAGAGGCUUCGGGAGAAGGAGGAAGACAAGGACCUGGAGGCUGUCAUGCUCUCCAAAGGCUUCAACCUCAACUGGGCCUGAGAGGAGUGACAUAAUUGCUCAUCAGUUUCCGUGAAAAGUGGUCGACUGGUGAUUUGGCGUUCUCUGCCUCACGUGGUCAGAAUAGUCUGCCUAACACCGAUACGGGCAGAGUUUGUCUGAAACUGUCACACCUGCAGCAGUGAAUGUGUAAAGAUUUCCCCGCCACACACAGACAAACACUACGGCUGCUUCUGACACUGAAGCAGUCUGAAACGUUUACAUAUCCUCUGCCCAAAGGCAGUUCUAGUUAAUCACUCUGCAGUUUUGCUUGGGCUCUCUCUCUGUGGGUGGAGAGGCGAGCACAUUCGCAAUUUUAUCAUCACAGCCUUGAAGUGGAUCCUCUCAAGCAAGAGGGGGGGGGGCCUUUGAGAAAUGUUGAAAGACUUUUUUCAUUCUCGAUUGUCUAAAGGGAAGAAUGCAGUUUGGUCCUGCUGAUGUAAAGGAAUUGUAAAGAAUUGUGUUUUUGUGUAUAGUUGUGUAGAGCAAGUCACGUUUUCAGCGGAUGAAGUUGUUCUCUUUUCUGAAAAAGGACUGCUACAGAGGUGUGAAUAAAAGCUGGAGCGAUGUCUCCAGGCUCAGUCUUUUCAGUCUUGACUGUAGGAAGAACAUCCUCUGCUGAAGCUGCCUUUCUAUCUAGUGAUAAACUUCAGUACCCUAAUGAACCACAAACCACCCCCCCACCCCCCCACAGUGUUUAGUGAGUCAACACAAAGAACCCAUUUAAUAUGGCCAUGUUUUUUUAUGUAUUUAUUAUUUUUGUUUGCUUUUAACAGAUAAACUUUUUUUUGUUGUGCGUUCACAGGAGAGUGCCCAGAAACUCAUUAUCUUGCACAUGUGCAUAACUCCCAUGCAACCAUAAGCCAUUGCAUGUCAGGAAUGAAGGCUGCAGGCACAUAGAAGAUCUUUACAUUGUCUUUGAUAGCUAGACAUAGAAUAAAGACUUAUACUAUAUGUGAGCAUUUAAUCACUUGACAUGACUCGAUAAUGAUGGGCCUCUCUGUGAGAUGCCAUUCACUGUACAUCACACUGACCAUUACUGUUUACAAAUACUUCCAUAUUCAAUACUGGAUUUUUAUGUUUCCUACUUUGGUAAACAGUAGCGAGCUAAACCCGUCUUUUCCAGUUCAGAGAGGUUUCUACCAUACGUGUUAACAUUGUGGUGUUGUUAUAAUUCAUGAAUCUGAUGUCACUGUUGCUAAUGGGGAAAUCAGUGUAGCUCACAUCACUCAUUUUGUGCCACAGGACUUUCUCUGUUGGUGGAUAUGCAAGGAGAACACCACAAGAACAUUCACACUACACAUCACUUAGAUCAGUACAUGGCAGUGUUAAUCCUUCACCCUUGAACAAGAUGCCUUUUUCAUUUUUCAUUCUUGAUAUUUAUAUUUUUUUCUGAGUUUACUUGUUUUUGAGGUAGUCACAUCUGUGUAUCCCACUGGAACUCAAGAUUUUUACUUUUUUUCAAAUUUUUAUACAGCAGAUCCCCAAGAAAACAAAAAUAGGAUUUUAAAUUGGGGCACUGAAGUAAUGCAGGGUGCUUUAUGAGCAUCUUGCAUCAGACAGGAACAUUAUGGUUUAUCUGGUGGGUAGUCAAAUCUAAUAGCCUUUUUGACAACUGUAAAAUAAUAAUAAUCCAAGUAGUCACUGUUUUACAGCACAGAAACACUAGAGGCUAUAUUUAUGACUUGGUAUGAGCUGUAAAUAAAAAAAAGUUACAUAAUUUUAAGGGUUUUUGUUUUAGAUGGUGUGUGAUAAGUUUGACAUGAUUGUAUUGAUAUUUAUUAACGUGUGCAAACUGUAUUAUAUGUAAAAAAAAAAAAAAAAAAGAAAAAGAAAAAAGAAUCCUAAUUUUUAAACUGUUCUGUUGACACGACUCAUAAUGUAAAUGCUUCAUGUAGCUAAAAUGCAUAGGGGUGUUGGAUGUAUGCUGAAAACGGCAAUAAAACAAUGCAGUUCUUUAAAA